AUGGAGCCCUCACCAUAUAAUAUAUUUCCAACCAUGCCGUCGCUCCAGGUCGCGACCGAGAACGCACGUCCGAGCCCGCCAUCGCCGCAGAACGCGCCUUCGGAGCCUAUUAAAGUCAAACCCGUGAAGGAGGACACUGUUCUGACACAAAAAGGUGAUGAUGAACUCUCGAAACCUCCAUGGCACAUGUACGCUCUUCGGAUGGCGUCACAACUUAGGGGUCAUGCCAUGUACAAUCCCUCUCCCGGCACACGUGGCACCGCUAACCCCGUGCCAAACCCCAUUGUCGACGUCGGCGACCUGGGUUAUGUCGCGCGGGGCCAAUUCUAUUUCUUGUUCAAUGUCGCCCUGCCUGAGUCAGACGACAAAAAUAUACGUGGAGUGCCGGUCGGGUUCAAGCCUCUCCCGCCCGGCAUACUAGACAGUGUGCAGGAGGGGUACCGACCCACUCCGCAAGUCGUUUACAGUAAGACGCACAAGGGUGUGGGUCUCGUGGCGUCAGUCACUGCGUCCUCAGGACCGGGUGUCGCGGCCACGUUCUCCCUUGAUUCCAAAGCUGAGGCUUCUCUGGUUUAUUUCGACCGGUACCAGACGAGGGAGAGUGUUCAUAAGCACAUUUUUCUGGAACAUUUUCGAGAGCACUGGCAGAGCUGGUUGGGCUUUGCUAAUACUUCGCUUGGGCAGGGCGGGCUUGGGCUUGACUUGAAACUAGAGGACCUUGUCCUCGUCACGGCUUGUGAUCGCGUACGCGCUUGGGCGACUUCGGCGACCGACAAGGUAUCUGUCACUGGUCCAGAAGUCAAGCUGCACGUCCACUGGGCUCCCUAUGUCAACAUCGACCUAACUGCAUCAGUGAAGUGGGGUCAAGAGUGCAGCAGUGACGCGUUAGCUGGUCCGGUUGAGGCUGACUUGACAGCAUCCGCGAAGGCGUACAGGACGUUGAUGCACAAUAAACGGAGUCCUGGCACGCCCUUGCCUCCACCUGAUUACUCCGACGGACCGAAAUUGACAACCGAUAAAGUGCCGGCGGAUCAGUGUGUCUUUAUAAGAGGGUUCCACGCAACAAAGGGUCGUCGGCCCUUCAGAGGGCGAGGUGGUUGCGGAUCAGAUGGCGAUAAGAGCGAUGAUGAUACUUCUUCAGAAAGCCCGACAUUCGAGGACGUGCCCGGAACCCCGCCAGAUCUGGUCGACAGCGUAGUGUCUAUCGCCCUAGAUAUCAUAGCAGAAGAACGCCAACCGUUAUGUCCCGAGAACAUUCUUCUCUUACACGACGACGACCUCAAGCUGUAUCUACCUGAGCCCGGGAGCGCUGAGCACAAGCGCUGGAAUGACGAAGCCGCUGUCCGGUCAUACCUGGAAGAUCAUCUGAUUCGUGAGGGUCACCCUAUAUUCUUGCAACGGGAGGGGAAGGACUGGAUACAACGUGACACCGACGAAGCGGGAGGCGCCGCCAUCAGCGAGGCUGAGGAAGGAGGAGCAUCGUUCGCGCCCAAGGUUAGCCAGGAACGGGAGCUGCCGAGCUCGGCCGGCACGUCCGAGGCACUGGCGCAGUUGAACGAGAAUGAAUCUGCACGCGCCGACGUAAGGCCCACUAUCCGGGCUUCUGCACAUCGAGUCGACGAGCUCGACGGCACGUACAUCAUGAGCGCGGGCUCUCUUGACUACGGCAUCCAGCCCUCGAUGGAGUUCGCUGUCUGCGCCUCGGACAACCAGGAUCAGGCGGAGCCGCCGCUGGCACGGAUGAAGGUCGAGUCUGUUUCCGAGUUCAAGAGUACGCUGGCACUCUCCGAGGCGUCCUCGUCGACGGCACCAGCUUUACCUUCGCCCUGCUACGCUGUGCAGAUUGCGCCCUUCGUACUCGAGCCAUUGACAGUAUUCGUGCCGUCGGAUCUACAGCCGCUCGUUCCGACCAUCGUCAAGGAGCUGGAGUCAAGUGUGACCAUCGUCCACGAUCGUUCGCAGGCAAAGCUCGCGCUCGAUUCAGUCGCCGGUGGCCAAGUCGACUACUGGUUGUCCUUCUCCGAAUCUUCCGAUGUCGCGCUCAGAACUGCUGGGCGGCUGCGCCUCGAGAGUUCGACGCCCAACGAUUCGGACAGCGUCGUCCACAUCCUUCGUAGCGCUGUACGCUUUUUCGGCUAUCUUGACGCACCGACCUUGGGGCAGGCGACUGACACCGAAGUGGAUGUGGAAUUCCUCGAGUUGAUGGUGGAUGAUGUAAGGAUGAUGGAUGAUGUAAGGAUGAUGGAUGAUGUAAGAAGGCUUGCUAGAUUCGGGCAGACGCUCGCUUUCAAGCCUAGGACCGGGGCCAAGCCUAGGACCGGGGUCAAUCUUAUCGAGCUCGGUAGUGCCGAGGUCAAGGGGGCCGAGCUGGGGGCCGAGCUGGGGGCUGGCUACGGACUGCAGAUUCGCAGCAAAUCCGACGUCUCGCUCUAUAUCGCGGUUUCGAUCUUUGAUUAUCAGGAUCUCUCCAUCAAUGAAGAUUAUUGCCCGCUUAUUUCCAGGGGACCCAACAGGUGGCGUGCCUUGGGUCUCGAGCCAGGCAAAACGCUCGAGAUUUUUGACCCCCCGCUCGUACUUUCUGUUCGCGAAGGCAUGGACGUAGAAUAUUCGAGAGCCAAGAUCUUCGUCUCAACGCACCCUUUCAACCUUUCGAAUGUCAAGCAGCCGUCUGCAUUUCAGAGUGACAAAUCUCUCCCGCCUUACACGCCGGUUAUGUGCCAGGACAGCGUCGACUUCUUGGCCAUAAUACGACGUGCGUAG